AUGACUCAAGCGGAUGAGCAGCAAUGGCGGAAGGUGCCAUGGGAAAAGCUUUCAACAGCGGACCGCGGCUGCAAAGAGUUGCCUGAUUGGUUGCGAGUCAGCAUCGGCUUGGCUCCUCGCUCUCUUGCCCGGUUCAAAGAGGGGAAGAACGUGCCUGCGGAGGUACAAGAGCGCUUGGUAGAUAUGAUCAACAGAAUCCAAGAGUUCAAGAACAAGUGUCCCGAUGUGCACAUUUUGUGCACCAACCGACCUUCGCACUUCAUGAACAGUGAGCUGGUUAUUGAGUACUACGAUGAGGUGUUGGCGCACGCCUUUGAGAAGCGUAGAGCAGAGCUCUCCGCUCGCUAUGACAAGGACUUUCAGGAAGAGUGGGCAUGGAUUAGCAGGGGCUUGAGCAACAAGCAGGAGAUGCUGGAUGUGAACCCCGAUGUGCCAAAUUUCUCGGUGGAAGACGCUGAGCUGGAGAAAUGUGAAACUCAAGCGGACAUGGAUGCUUGGGCAGCGCCAAUGGACGAGGUGUUUGAGUCACCAUCCAUCAUGAGGACAGUCUUUUUGUGGCAAAUCUCCUUUGGGGCAGAAGAGUCUGAAGGAGAGGACACUGCUAAAUCGUGGGAGGCCAAGUCAGAUUGGAGAGUCCUUCCCGCACAUUGGCAGACUUUGCUGAACAAAAGACUUGCAGAGUACAAGACACAAGUCCAGGACGCUGAGGCAUUUUACAAGUUCCGUCUUGACACAUUUGGUGAGUCGGACAAGAAGACAAAGAACGCUCUGAACAAGUUCACUGCUAUUCAACAGGGGCAAGGUGCAGCAAGCGUGGUGUUGAUGAUGAAGGGAAGCGGCAAAGAAGCAUCAGAGGAGGUCUACCGACGCUGCUGCUCUGUGGAGAACGGGACCUGCAAGGUCUCACCUUCAAGCAAGGUUGAGGCCUACAGACUCAAUGUCUCUGACAUGAGCUUGGAGAAGUCGGGAACCGAGGGUAGCCCAGAAGUACGGCAUCUUCGUGUGAUCUCGGUUACUGGCAAAUCAGCCAAUGUGCAGGAGAUCCGGAUUCAUUUGCCCUCUUUGUCAUUGAAUUCCAGCGGAGCCAUCAACCAGGUGGAUGACAAAAAACAGGACAGAGGAGGAGAAGAAGCGGGGGAAGAUGAAGGGACACGAGCAAGGCUUGGAGCGCGUGGCAAGUGUGACGGUGACAAGUGCGAGGGCCAGGAAGAUCAGGUCGACCCAGCAGAGGAUAAUGUGGACAUGGAGCUGGCCAUGGUGGCAAACAUGUCUGACGGGUUUGAAGCUGCAGAAGCAGAGCUUGAGGAAAACCUCCCUGAAGAUCACGAGUUGAAUGACUGUGACCAGGAUCUUGUUGGGCUCGAUGCAGGUGAUCAGAACCAAUCAAAUGCUUCCGAUGACGAGGCGGUGGUUUGCAACUUUGACUCCAGUGACAUUGUCUUUGUGUCUGAAGGACCAAUGAUCAGUGCUGGCAGCUCUACUGACUCCAAGGAUUGUUCCGUGGGUGUUACUCCAGCAGGGAGUUUCCGACUUCUUCCUCAUUUUGCUUUUCUUGAGCAAGUUGGAUUGGCGGACAUCCCGAACAUUUUGGGCUGCGGAAUUGGGCUGCACUAUACCAUAAAUUGCUACCAGGCUCGGUACCCCACAGGACCCAAUGAAAAGUCCUCCUGUGCAAGGUCGUUUGGUCAAUUGAAACGUGGCUGGGUGCCCCCUUCCCGCGCGCUGCUCCAUUGCUUGCAUUGGUGCUGGGAACAGCAUUUGAAGAAGCAUUCCUCAUGCAAGGUGUCAUCGGGGAAGGUAGCGAUGCUAAAAGGGGCCAUCUUGGCAGAUCUUGGCCGAGACGCGAAGUGA